AUGCCGUCCAAAUUCUUCAAAAACCGCAGGGUCUAUCUACUGACCAGUGUUGCCUACAUGGGCUCGCUGCUGUUCGGUUAUGACACCGGAGUAAUGGGCAGCGUGCUCGCGCUCAAAGCUUUCAAACAGGACUUCGGCUUGCCAACAGACUCAUCUGGAUUCUCCGACUCGAAAAAUGCAUCGGUAUCGUCGAACGUCGUAUCGCUUCUUACUGCAGGUUGCUUUUUCGGUGCCAUCGGGGCCGCUUGGAUCAACGAACGGUUCGGUCGACGAUUGUCUCUUAUGGGCUUCUCCCUCGUCUUCCUUAUCGGUGCCGCAAUCCAGACUGCCGCUCAUCAUCAGAUUGGCGUCAUCUACGCAGGUCGCGUCAUCGCAGGGCUCGGCAUUGGAGGUAUGUCAUCCAUCACCCCGGUAUUCGUCUCGGAAAAUGCUCCUCCAGCUCUUCGAGGACGUAUCGCUGGUCUCUUCCAGGAGUUUCUGGUCAUUGGUAGCACUUUCGCGUACUGGCUAGAUUACGGUGUUGCGCUCCACAUGCCCACGUCAACGAAGCAAUGGAGAGUGCCCGUAUCGAUUCAACUCAUUCCAGGUGGUUUCAUGUUGAUCGGACUUUUCUUCCUCAAGGAGUCUCCGCGGUGGCUGAUGUCAAAGGGUCGACAAGAGGAAGCUGCGCAGUCGCUUGCGUUCAUUCGCUGCGAGCAACCCGAUAGCCCUGAGCUCCAAAAAGAGCUAGCCGAGAUUCGCGCUGCAGUCGAAGAAGAGUUGAACCAGACUGAGGGCAUAACAUGGAAGGAGGUUCUCCUUCCAGGCAACCGAUACCGAUUCAUCACUGGUUUCGUGUUGAUGUUCUGGCAGCAGUUCAGCGGAACAAACUCAAUCGGCUACUACGCUCCUCAAAUCUUCCAGACCAUUGGUGUAUCAGCAGCUAACGCUUCGCUGUUCGCAACGGGUAUCUAUGGCACAGUCAAAGUCAUCACGACUGGAAUCUUCUUGAUCGUUGGUAUCGACUUCAUUGGCCGGAAGUACUCGCUCAUGGCUGGCGCGGCAUGGAUGGCGUCCAUGAUGUUCAUCAUCGGCGCUGUUCUUGCUACAAACCCACCAAACCCAGAUUCUGGAUCAGUCUCGUCCGCCUCCAUCGCCAUGGUCGCCAUGAUCUACCUUUAUGUUAUCGGCUACUCGGCUUCCUGGGGUCCCGUCCCUUGGGUUUACCUAGGGGAGAUUUUUCCGACGCGACUUCGUUCGUACGGUGUGGGAAUGGGAGCAGCCACGCAAUGGCUCUUCAAUUUCGUUAUUACGAAGAUCACACCUGCCGCGAUCAACUCCAUCGGGUGGAAAACAUUCCUCAUGUUCGGCAUCUUUUGUCUUUCCAUGGGCAUUUUUGCUACGUUUUUCAUCAAAGAGACAAAAGGAAAGACGCUGGAGGAGAUUGAUAUUCUGUUCGGUGAUGUGUCGGCUGAGCAGCGUCGCCAGGAUGUCGAGGCGGGCAUGAAGGAGGAACAGCGAAAGCACUCGGUGAAGUACAUGGAAGACGCUACCGAGCUCGAGAACAGGGCAGGCAAGGAGUGA